UGGUAAACUGGCGUCAAACAUAUAAAACGUGCCCAACGCCAAAGGCGUGGGUGUUGACAUGAGAGUAGUUGCAUGGCUGCUGGCUUUUCAGGCUAUGGCAAUGGAUCAGAAGAGCUUACCAAAGAUUCCACAGCAUCUUUGCUGCGCUUCGGUGGGCCCUAAUCCUGAAGAUGUCCGAGCCAUGCUCCCAGAGGCUUUCAACCACUCGGCUGUACGCAUUGUGGAGUGUACCAAGCUGAGCGGAACUGAUUUUGUUCACAGAGUAGGCACUGCCUGCAGCUACUGUAUGUGUCUUUGGGAAGAUGGUGCAGACUUGCAGACCAGUGCCGAGUGUUGUUCUUUGACAAACUUUGGAACACCUGGCUACAACACAGCAACUGGUUACACGACCUGUCAAAAGUACAAGCAGACGUACAACCUGAAGACAGGUGUUGUCCGUUCCUGUGAGCUUCGCUACGACAUGUAUUCCUUCAAGAGUGCAGCAGGUUGGCGAAGAGUCGGCAAAGUUGUUUGGGCUUUGAUUUUCGGCUUACACCGUUUGAUUGCUUGGACUUAGGUUUUGCGUAGUCGUUUCUGGUGUUUGGUCACCACUUGUUUCACCUGCAUUGGUUUUUCUACCAGCGAAGUCAAUGCAAAGUUUUUUGGCCACAAAGCCUUGUUUGGAUUGGUGUAUAGCGUUAACAACCAGUUUGGCUAGUGAAGAACUGCGUUUUGCCAAAUGCUGACGUGACAACUCCCAGAAAGAGCAUCCCAAGGCUCUCACGAAAAUUUGACAAAUACUUUGUCAUUUUAAGCUCGGGCGAGUGGCUGAGCAGGCGACGCCAACAUAGAGUGAAAAAAUGAAAAAGGCUGCAAGCUACGGAUGAGAACUCCUUGGAAGUGACGCAUGGAUGUGGCAAGAAACCGCUGUAGUUUUUGUUACAUUUCCACUUGGGUCUGAAUAGCCUGGUCCAAGCCUGGUUGCACUUAUAUGAAC